AUGCUCCGUACGCUUAGCUCUGUUAGCCUCCUCAUCGGCCUUCAUGCCAUGACAGCCACUGCCAACAAACCCCCGAUAGUCCAAGGCCCAAUCACAGGGGGAAUCAAAGGCCAUCCUUUUAGCGCAUAUGCUGGAAAUAUCUCCUCUAUAGGCUAUGUCGAAGAAGAGUUUUUUCUCAGCGGGGAUGCCGUUCGAUACAAUGUUGUCGGUAACUUGACAAGUGAUGGCCAUUGGACGCUAUCUUACAACAGCACUGCCUCAUACAAAACCCGUUUGCUCGUCCGACGCCCAUUAGAUCAUAAAAGGUUCAAUGGCGAUGUUCUCGUCGAGUGGAUCAACGUCUCCGGCGGUUUCGAUAUUACAUCUACCGAUCUUCCAGGGGUCUAUGAAGCAGGCUACAUAUGGGCCAGUAUUGACGCUCAAGCUACUGGUAUCGAAGGCGGAGCAACGGAUCCCCAAGGUCUCAUUCAAUGGGACCCAGUGCGAUAUGACACGCUGAACAUUCCCGACGAUGCGAUUUCCUAUGAUAUUGUCAGUCAAGCUGCCAGUGCUCUACGCAGUGGUAAAGUCACUGGAAGUCAAAUCCCCGAGCACGUCAUUCUCGUUGGGGCUUCUCAAUCCGGUAGCCGAGUUUUGGGUUAUACAAAUGGUGUCCAACCAUUGAAUAGCUCAUAUGAUGCCAUCAUUCCGGCUAUCUGUGCUGGUGCUUCUUCGGAUUUCAGUCCUGUCCCUGCUCACCCUACUCCUGGCCAGCAUGGUCGCACUGUCUUUACAAAAGUCCGAACCGAUCUUAAAGUCCCUGUCUAUAUGAUAAAUUCUGAAACCGAGUCGUUGCACUAUGCUCAAAAUUAUCUUCGACAGCCAAACACACAUAAGUUCCGCGAAUGGGAAGUUACUGGAGCAUCACAUGCCAACCUCGGAGACCUGAUUUGGCUCGCCCCUCAACGAGAAGUAGACGAAAUACCUGCUCCUCUUCCAGAUACGACUAAUAUCAGCAACGUCAACUGGCAACCUACUCUUGACGCAAUCUAUCGCCACGUUUCUCUUUGGAUCCGUGAUCCUACCUAUGAUCCUCCUUCAUUUCCUUACAUGGAGGUGGCCACGAACUCAAGUGGAGUAAUGGACUACGUCCGAGAUGCCGAUGGUAAUACCAAGGGCGGAAUCCGUCUUCCAGAACUUGCCGUGCCCGUAGCCGGGUACAAUGGUAUUAACAACGGUCUCUCUGGCAACACAUACCCAUUUUCCGACUCCAAGUUGAAUGCUUUGUAUCCAACUCACCCAGAAUAUGUUGCCAAGGUUAAAGCAGCUGCUUAUGCGUCUUUACAUGAAAAGGUCAUUUUGGAAUACCAGGUUAAGAAUUACACGCGCGCAGCGGAGGUCGCUAACGUUCCUCCCCAAUGCACCAGCUCUUAG